AGCGUAUCCGGUUUGCUGCACGCCAACCGGGGAAUCUGUCCGUCAUUAGCUCACCUACCUGCUACCUACUGUACAUAGCGAGGGACAGCACUUUUACUAUGGAAAUCAUAAUUUCAGGAUCCCGGAUCCUCGCCUGACGCCUGCACGUACGUACGUCAUACCAUUCAUUCAGCGACCUGUUGGGCACGACAUCUUUCGAAAUCUCCUCGCUGUCGCGUACGGGCCACGACGACGAUGGAAAUCAAAGAUCUGAGCCAAGCGCAGUGCAUCUUGCUGGCGGUACACCUCGCAUCCGAGUCCAACGUCGCGGCGUUACAUUCCUUCACGCCCACUCGGCCUGAGGUCUUCGAUCCCGAACUUGUCCUGCGCAUUCUCUUGACCUACCUCCCAGAGUCCAUCGAGCCCGCCAAAUAUACGAAAUAUGUGCAAGAGGUCGUCUCCCGUCUCUAUCUCGACGUCGAUCGCGAAGAUGUCGCCGUCGACACCACCCCGGUCGCGGACGUCACCGAUGAGCAGGCGCAAAGGCGUGUGAAGAAGCUCCAUCUGCUCCAGAUCCGCCCCCCCGGUUUCCCACCAGGUGCGCCCGAUGACCUCCUGACAAGGUUCAUCUGUCAUCGGGCAGCCAGGAUCGACUCGGAGACGGGAAUGCUCAGUUUACUCCCCACACUCAUCGAGCCAUAUCUGAACCGCAACGACUACAUCCGCACCUGGUACAUUUCCGUCGUUUUCCCGCUGAUCCGACACCAUCUCGAAUAUUAUCCCGACCACGAGGCUCUCGAUGUCUCCGUCGGCGCGCUGGAAUCGAUCGAGGGAAGCGAAGGUAUCGACCUCUUGUUGAAGAAGGCGACCCAAACCUAUUCGGACACGGCACAGAGCAACGUCGCUCGUGACAUACGAGGGUUGGUGGGGCCGUGGAUGUAUGGCCACACGGAGCGGAAAAGGCGUAAGCUAGGCCAUAACUACAAACCCGAAGAGAGGAAGUCGUCGCUAAACAGUCUUGACGAAGGCGUUCGCAAGAUCGCUUUGACGGGCGUCAGUGAGGAGGACAAGACCGGCCACGACUGGGAAUACAUAUAUCGUUGGAUGGUCCAGCACGCCAUCGACAACAUCAAGCUGGUCGCGUCUGCUAUUGACAACUGGGACGGACCUGGGGAUGUGGACCUGGGUGGUUUCGAGCGUGGUAGCGUGCAAUACCUCGACGAGGAAAUUCAGAUCAAGCUGGAGCUUCAAUACGCACAAGCUGCUUUCGCGGCCUGCUAUGCCGCCAAAACAGACUCUGAAGAGACCGUGCGCCGUGCUCACGAGAUUCUCGCCCGCUUGGCCAUCCUGCUGGAUUUCGUACCGCCGCCUGAUCUCGCGACCAGCGUGGAAUCUCUGCCUCUUGUGGAACGACACAUAGCACGACAUAAGGAGGAUGGCGAAAUCCCAUCAUUAUCACCCGGGAAUUUGCUUGCGCCGGAUCAUCCUCUCACGACUCCCAAAAUCGACACUUACAUGCUACUCCAGAUGAUGGUCUACAGUGCAUACCAACUCUGUAACCUCGGAAUGCCCUCCUCGUUAGCAAAGGUGGCUAAGCUAGCUUUCACUGGCACGGCUGAGGAGCAAAUGGAGAUGUUGCGAUCGAUACUGCGGAAAGUCAAGCAUUCUACAGAUGGCCAGGAGGACACGCGGGUAGCUGCCGAUCGGGCGAAAUUGCUAUGGCUUUGGAAUUGGGGCAUCAAACUGGACGAUGACCUCUCAGACCAGGGCCUUGGUAUUCUCGGAAGGAUACCGAGGGAGAAAUUUGAGCAGGAGAUGUUGAAGACGUUCGUGGAAACAAACAACUCGGCUUUGGCGAUAAAGGUUUACAUCACGGACGAUCCACAGCCCCUACCAUUGGCAACUGUUGAGAGAAUCAUCUUCGAUCAGGCCAUGAAGGCAUACGACGGAGCAAGCAACGGCAACAAGAACAGGGGUGGCGUGAAAAGAGCAAACGACAUCAUCUCCACAUGGCGGCCAUACUUUCCAGACAGCACUUCAUUCCGAGAGGUUACGGCACUGAUCGCUGCAACACACGCGUUAUCAUUCUAUUCCCUCACGCUACAACAUGGCGUGCCGUUUCAACCUGUCAGCAUCCGUGUCAGCCAUGACCCGGUAUCGCUCAUUUCAAGAGUCCUCGAACAGAACCCACGCAGUUAUGCCAAGCUAGAUGACCUCGUCAGCAUCGCGCAAAACCUCGUCUCCAGCGGGGUCGCGAAGCACGACGACGACGAGGAGGAAGACGCGACCAGCAGUCACGAUGUCGCUGUGAAGCGGAAGGAAGCCGGCCGACGGGUGACCUUCAUGGCCAUCGAAGCCGCAUUACGAGAGGACGAUUUCGAGACGGCAUACUCGUACAUUGUAAGCCGGCUCUCGCCGUCGGGCGCCAUUUCGCCCAACACAUCCCAGAAUGGACAGAACGGCAAACAUCUCGGCCACGUGAAACGCAGCAGCCAAGCUCGGAACAACAUCGAAGACGACAUCUCAUGGCGCGCCGCUUUCCUCGCGGGCCGGUACAGGCCCUCGUCCGCCACCGCGCCCUCGGUGCGCCGCCUCGAGCAGCGCACCGAACUGCUCUCCCUGGCCCUCCUCCUGGCCCCGACCUCCGCCCUCACCGAGAUCCUCGCCGCCUGGCGACGCUGCGAGGAGGAAAUGACCGCCCAGCAGGCCUCCCAGCAAGCCUCCGAGGACGCGUUCGACGACCAAGCCGACCGACGCCUCCCCAGCGCUUUCCCGGGGGACUUCACCGUCGCCGGCGGCGACCAGCCCGCGCUCCUCCUCAACCAGAAGCGCCGCGAGAUGGGCCGCCUCGGCCACGCCGCGGACGACGCCCCGCUCAGCAUGUUCGACCUCACGCGCAACGCCGCCCGCGCGCUCAGCAGCAACGCCUUCCCCCUGGCCGGCUCGUCCGGGAGGGCCUCCCUGGACCACAGCCGCGAGUCGCUCGGGUCAGAUGUCCCGUCCAGCCUCUCGGCCGCGAACCAGGAUCGUCUGCGGAAGAGGGAUCUCGUCGCGAAUGCGGUCAGCGGCGGCCUGGCGAGUGGGUUGGGUUGGGUCCUGGGGGCGACGCCGGUGAAUCAGCAGCAGCAGCAGCAAUAGCAAUAGCGGUAGCGGUAGCGUUGCAAUUUAUCCCAUCCAUCCAUCCAUUCAUUCAUAUAGACCAAAUACAUCACGACCUGAGAGCUCAUAUAUACACACAUCUAUCAUUAUUAGUGCAUUCUCAAUAGACCAAAAGCCACAGUGAUAUAAAGAGACCGUCGUAUUCCUCCAUGUUACCCCUAACGAAAACUUAGCACACACAUAACCACCUCCUCCCCCGUCCCUAUCCCUGUCCCGGCACCACCCCCCAAG